AUGAGCUCUCCGUCUGCUCAUUCUCCUUCCGCCCGACUCUUGGAGGAGGCGGCCGAGCUUGAUGCCUAUAUCCGGCAGCAAGCCGCUUCUGUUCCAUCCCCCGAGUCCCCACAUGACUCCCCUGGCGGAGCUAAGGACAGGGACUCCUCAAAGGGGACCCCUGCUGCCGAGCAGGGGGAUGACCCUGAGUUCAACUACGGUAACCCUGACCGGGAGGAGACCACCCUCUCGCCCGGGGUGGUGGCCGAGCUGGCCGCGUCGUUCUCCAUUCCUCCGGCCUUCGAGCCACGAGCUGCCGGGCCCACCGACCGGGCCUGCCGACCUCCCUCAGGCUUUGUAGCCAUCUACAAAGAGCAACUGGUUGGGGGGGUCGGGGACGACCCCUGCCCGGAAGACCUGGACCCUGAGGCCUUCGGCCAGCUGCUGGGCUCUGCGGCGAAGCUGUACGCAGCCAAGUUCUCCACUGACACUAAUCCGGUGAUAUUCUCUGCAGUGAAGAGGCUCUCCAGGCUACUGGGCGCGCCGACUGAGGAGGUCACCUCCACCACACAGCCUGAGGCGGCAAAGAAGGCCCCUGAGGCCUCUGCGACUCUUGGGGGCAGCUCGGCCCCCCAGAAGGAGGCCUCCCAGACUCAGUCCCCAUCCAAGCAGGUCCCCGCCAAAAAGAAUGCCACGGGGCAGAAGAGGGGGCGAGAUGACGAGCCUUCCCAACCUGCGAAGAAGCCUGCGCAGGGCCCAGCACAGCGCCCUCUCCAGCUGAUGUCUGGGGGCCCUGUCCACCUGGGGAUAGGCUCCGCGUAG